GCACCAGUCGCGCCCCGCCCUCCGAGCGUCCCUCUCGCCAAAUGGACGGGCGGCAGCGGCGGCGGAGGCUGGCAGCGCAGAACUCCCGCAUUUGGGCUGAAAAGUGAAACAUUCCCGACGCAAACACCGGGAUUAUCGAUGAUCGGCGCUCACCCGCGGGGGGAAAGAGCUGCCUGACAGCCGCGAAGCGCAAGCAGCGACCCGGUCCGCGCGACUGUGUGUGUGUGUGUGUGUGUGUGUGUGUGUGUGUGUGUGUGCGCGCGCGCGCGCUACCGAUCAGAACCGCGCCGAUAUCGGUCCGCUUAACGGGAGGAGGCCGUGUGUGAGUGAAUGUGUGUUUAAGUGUGUGUGUGCGUGUGUGUGUUGAUGCACUGACACACACACACACACACACACACACACACACACACACACACACACACACACACACACACCACUGCUUGUUGUUGUUGUUGUUGUAACGUUAUCGGUUCGGUCCAUCCUGCGGUGAUCCGGGCCUCUGCAGAAACAGCGCGCGCUUGUGUGGAGAUGUGACGCGGGCUCACGCGCACUGGGUCUCGCUCCGGGUCAGCAUGGAGAACCCGCAGAAGAACAGCCCGCUGGUCAGAGAGCUGACCCGAGCCUUCAGCCACUACAACAAACACAACGUGUUCCUGAAGAAGAACCUGAACGAGACCCUCAGCUUCUUCAGAGAGAUCCGAGAGAACCAGAGCAACACCUGCAGCGGCACACCUGGAGCUCUGGACACAGGCCAGCUCAGCUGCAUCUCGCUGCCGCGUCACGAGGAGGACUAUCUGCAGAAUGUGGUCGGUAGCGCCCCCUACAUCCUCAUCCUGGGCCAGGACUGUUCCGCCCGAUACCAGCUGCUCAACUGCCUGCUGGGAGAGAGGCUCCUCCCCCUGGGCUCAGAGGUGGGUGGGGCCUGUGGGCUGGAGGGCGGGGCCUGCAGGAGGAGGAAGCUGUGCUUCACGCACGGCCGUCAGACGCGGUUGAGCCUGGCGCUGCCGGGACAGUACGAGCUGGUGCAUCAGCUGGCGGCGCACUGCGGACGCUGGGACACUGUUCCUUUUGAGGACCUGGAGAUCCAGGAGUGUGAGGAUCCCGCGCAGCGAUUGGCCGAGCUGGAGGUCACGCUCCAUCACGCGCUGCUGCAGGAGGUGAAGAUCAUGGUGGUCCCGUGCCGCGGCGUGCAGCCGGUGCACGAGGCUCUGGAGGACUGCAGGCGCGGCAUCCUUCCCAUCAUCCUCUACGCCGUCAGUAAAGACGCGCUGAGCGCCGAGCAGGUGAGCGACCUGCAGAAGGUGCGCGAGACACUGCCGUUCCCCGUCUGCUUCAUCCGGACCCCCGGCGGCCCUUCGGACCCCGGGGCCCUCCACGGGCAGCUGGUGUCUCUGGAGCUGAUCGGGGCUCCUGCGCAGACGCAGAGCAUGCUGGGAGAGAGUGUGGAGCGUCUGCAGCGUGUGCUGGGGCCCUUCACCCGACAGCUGCUGCAGAGCCACCAGGUGGAGGCGGCCUCGCUGCUGAACACCGUCCACUGCCGCUGCCUCGACCUCUUCAUCAACCAGGCGUUCGACAUGCAGAGGGAUCUUCAGAUCACGCCGCGGCGGCUGGAGUACACGCGCGAGAAGGAGGGCGAGCUCUUCAGCUCCCUGAUGGCCAUCGCUAACCGCAAGCAGGAGGAGAUGAAGGAGAUGAUCGUGGAGACGCUGAGCUGCAUGAAGGAGCAGCUGCUGGAGGACGCCGCGGACCUGCAGUUCACAGACAUCAUCAUGUCGUCUAACGGCGAGCCGGUGAGCUCGAAGGACAUUAAGAUGUGCAUCAGUCAGAUCCAGGAUCUGAUCGUGGUGCGACUCAAUCAGGCCGUAUAUAUAUAUAAAACUGACACACAGCUCUGUGGACUACCUGAGAGAGAGAGCUUCGUGGGGGACACUGGAGAGAUCCUGGGCAGCCUGGAGAAGAGCACACCUGAGUCCUGCAGCAACGUCACACACUCACAUUGUGGUCAGAUCCUGAACGCGGCGUAUAACGUGGAGGUGACCUUCCACUCGGGCUCCUCCGUCACCAGGCUCUUCUGGGAGCAGAUCAAACAGAUCAUCCACCGCAUCACGUGGGUCAAUCCUCCGUCCGUCACGGCCGAGUGGAAGCGCAAGGUCGCGCAGGACGCCAUCGAGAGCCUGAGCGCCGCCAAACUGGCCAAGAGCAUCUGCUCUCAGUUCAGGACCAGACUCAACAGCUCCCACGAGGCCUUCGCCGCCUCGCUCCGACAGCUGGAGGAGGGUCACACGGGGCGUCUGGAGCGAACUGAAGACCUGUGGUUGCGGGUCAGGAAGGAUCACGCCCCUCGACUCGCCCGCCUGUCACUGGAGAGCCGAUCGCUGCGAGACGUUCUGCUGCACGGAAAGCCGAAGAUGGGCCGUGAGCUGGGCCGGGGUCAGUACGGUGUGGUGUUUCUGUGUGAUAACUGGGGUGGACAUCACCCGUGUGCCCUGAAGUCAGUCGUUCCUCCGGACGACAAGCACUGGAACGACCUCGCGCUGGAGUUCCACUACACACGUUAUAUUUUUUUUAUUUAUUGUUUAGUGAAUCUCCACGGGUCGGUGAUCGAUCACUCGUACAGCGGCGGCUCCAGUAUCGCGGUUCUGCUGAUCAUGGAGCGGUUAUACAGAGACCUCUACACGGGACUGAAGGCCGGUCUGUCUCUGAAGGAGCGUCUUCAGAUCGCUCUGGACGUGGUGGAGGGGAUUCGGUUCCUGCACAGUCAGGGUCUCUUACACCGCGACAUCAAGCUAAAGAACGUUCUGUUGGACAAACAGAACCGUGCGAAGAUCACUGACCUGGGCUUCUGUAAACCCGAGGCCAUGAUGUCCGGCAGUAUUGUAGGGACACCCAUCCACAUGGCACCAGAACUCUUCACAGGAAAGUACGAUAACUCCGUCGACGUGUACGCGUUUGGGAUCCUCUUCUGGUAUCUCUGCUCCGGCUCUGUCAAACUCCCAGAAGCCUUUGAGAAAUGCUCCAGUAAAGACCAGCUGUGGACCAACGUCAAGAAAGGCUCGCGGCCGGAGCGGUUGUCCACGUUUGACGAGGAGUGCUGGCAGCUGAUGGAGGCCUGCUGGAACGCAGACCCUUCCCAGAGACCCCUGCUGGGCAUCGUCCAGCCCAGCCUGCAAACCAUCAUGGACCGCCUGUGUGACAAUUCUGACCAAAAGAGCGGCAGCCUGGAGGACUCGAACUGACACUCAUCUCCCUGCAUGCUCCUCUCGAGACGCUAAAGGAAAGCAGCUUGUUUGUGUGU